GCGCGUGGCUGCUGCGGCUGCUCCGCCGGCGGCUCAUCACUCUCGGGCUGGGAUGGACGAGGGGCGGGCGGGCCCCGGCUCGCAGAAACAGGAGUUCGGGCCGCCCAGCAGCUAAGCGCUUCCCCCACCAUCCCUCUCCUCUACCUCCACCAUCCCCCGAGGGACACUGUCCCCGCUCUGCCUUCCCCAAUCCCAGGAUCUCUGGAACCCAGCUCCCAAACCCCUAGCCCAGGGUUGGGGAGGUCGGCAAGGGACCCAAGCCCGACCUUUUCUGAUCUCCCCUGGAUUUUCUUCCCCCUUACUCGAGACCGAGUGGAUCCCUCCUCCUCCUUCCUAAGGAUUCCGACCUAAUUCCCUCCUGUUCAGAGGAUUCAGCGUGGGGCCUUCCCGACAGCCCUCAGAUCCCUUAGGAUCUCCGGAGACUACUCCCCCCCCCCAUCCCCGAUCCCUUAAGAUCCGUGAGAUCCGCCACCUUCUUCCCAUUUUCAAUUCUUCCUCAAUCAAGUCCCAUCGGGAGACGCCCCCAGCCCCUUUCGAAUAUCUCCAGGGAUCCAGCGAUCUCCGAUCCAUCGUACUCUACCCCCGCUGCGGGAUUCUUGGUUCCCAGCCCCCUCCUAGGCGGGCAUCUGCUUCUCCUUUCCCUGGCCUCGUACCCUACCUCUCCUCUCCCUGGGAAUCGACUGGAUCUGGGACCGCCCCCGGGGCUUGGGGUAAUCCCCCUCCCCAGUAGGGUGAGGCGCUGUGGGCGGGGGCCCGGUCUGCCGGGUUUGAAGGCUCUAAGGCCCCUGCACCCCUAAGGACCCUGUCUGCCUCCCUCCUCCCCCACUCCGAGCCCCAGAUGGAGAAGCCACGGCCCCGGGGUUGAGGCAGCCUGCUCUUUUAUCUCAUUCUAGGUCCUGCCGUCUUCCCCCACUUACCAUCUCCCCCCCCCAUUCCCCCCCUUUGCUCUCUCCAUGGAGCGCAACAGACCUCUCUCCUCCCCGAUCUAAUUUUUCCUCCCUCCCUGCCCCCUUUCCUUUCCCCUUUCCCCCCUCCCCAUCCUUCCCCCUGGGGAGAGGGGGGGACCUCCCUCCCUCUCCCCCCCUCACUCUCUCUCUCUCCGAGGGGGGGAUCCCGGGGAGGGAGGGGGGGUCCCCCCCAAUCAGCAUGUGGCUCUUGGUGCUGUGUCUGGUGGGGCUGGUGGGGGCUCAAAGGGGAGGAGGGGGUUCAAUAGGGGCUAUCCCAGGGGGUCCUGGGGCUGGGGAGGAACGCUUCCCAGUGGUUGGCACCGCGUAUGGGCGUGUGCGGGGAGUUCGAAGAGAACUCAACAACGAGAUCCUGGGCCCGGUGAUGCAGUUCCUGGGGGUCCCCUACGCCACACCCCCUCUGGGGGCCCGACGCUUCCAGCCCCCUGAGGCACCAGCCUCUUGGCCUGGGGUAAGGAACGCUACCGCCCUCCCGCCUGCCUGCCCCCAGAACCUCCACGGCGCCCUCCCGGCCAUCAUGCUCCCAGUUUGGUUCACGGACAACCUGGAGGCUGCCGCUGGCUACGUGCAGAACCAGAGUGAGGACUGUCUGUACCUCAACCUCUACGUGCCCACUGAGGAUGGUCCGAUCACAAAAAAACGUGACGAGUCGACGCUCAAUCCGCCCCCGCCAGACACAGACAUCCGGGACUCGGGGAAGAAGCCGGUGAUGCUGUUCCUCCACGGGGGCUCCUACAUGGAGGGAACGGGGAACAUGUUUGACGGCUCCGUCCUGGCCGCUUAUGGCAACGUGAUUGUGGUCACACUCAACUACCGGCUCGGUGUGCUCGGGUUCCUCAGCACAGGGGACCAGGCUGCCAAGGGUAACUAUGGGCUCCUCGACCAGAUACAAGCACUGCGCUGGCUCAGUGAAAACGUGGGGCAUUUUGGAGGUGACCCAGAGCGAAUUACCAUCUUUGGCUCUGGAGCUGGAGCCUCAUGUGUUAACCUGCUUAUUCUCUCUCACCACUCUGAAGGACUGUUCCAGAAAGCCAUUGCCCAGAGUGGUACAGCCAUCUCCAGCUGGUCUGUAAACUACCAGCCACUCAAGUACACACAACUGUUAGCAGCCAAGGUCGGCUGUAACCAGGAAGAAAAUGCUGAGGUCGUGGAAUGUCUUCGAAGAAAACCCUCUCGGGAGCUUGUUGAUCAGGAUGUACAACCAGCUCGCUACCACAUUGCUUUUGGUCCAGUGGUGGAUGGUGAUGUGGUCCCAGAUGACCCAGAGAUUCUGAUGCAGCAGGGUGAAUUUCUUAACUAUGACAUGCUGAUUGGUGUCAACCAGGGUGAGGGCUUGAAGUUUGUGGAGGAUUCAGCAGAGAGUGAGGAUGGUGUAUCAGCUAGCGCCUUUGACUUCACAGUCUCCAACUUUGUGGACAACCUCUAUGGCUACCCUGAGGGCAAGGAUGUCCUGAGAGAAACCAUCAAGUUCAUGUACACAGACUGGGCUGACCGGGACAAUGGUGAAAUGAGGAGGAAGACACUCCUAGCUCUCUUUACUGACCACCAGUGGGUGGCCCCUGCUGUGGCUACCGCAAAGCUUCAUGCUGAUUACCAAUCCCCUGUCUACUUCUAUACUUUCUACCAUCAUUGCCAGGCAGAGGGCAGGCCUGAGUGGGCUGAUGCAGCUCAUGGUGAUGAGCUGCCCUACGUGUUUGGGGUGCCCAUGGUGGGUGCCACGGAUCUCUUUCCCUGCAACUUCUCCAAGAAUGAUGUCAUGCUCAGCGCUGUUGUCAUGACCUACUGGACCAACUUCGCCAAGACUGGUGAUCCCAACCAGCCAGUUCCCCAGGAUACCAAGUUCAUCCACACCAAGCCCAACCGCUUUGAGGAGGUCGUGUGGAGCAAGUUCAACAGUAAGGAGAAGCAGUACCUGCAUAUAGGCCUCAAACCCCGAGUCCGGGACAACUACCGUGCCAACAAGGUGGCCUUCUGGCUGGAGCUGGUGCCCCACCUCCACAAUCUGCACACUGAACUCAUCACAUCCACUACCACCCGUCUGCCACCCUAUGCUACUCGCUGGCCCCCUCGUCCACCCCCUGGGGCCACAGGCACCCUCCGGCCUCCACCACCAGCCACCACUCCACCUGAGCCUGAACCAGAGCCAGGGCCCCGGGCCUAUGACCGCUUCCCAGGGGAUUCACGGGACUACUCCACAGAGCUGAGUGUCACUGUGGCUGUUGGUGCCUCCCUCCUCUUCCUCAAUAUCCUGGCCUUUGCUGCUCUGUACUACAAGCGGGACCGGCGACAGGAGCUACGAUGCCGGCGUCUCAGCCCACCUGGGGGCACAGGCUCUGGAGGGCUUGGUGGGGGCCCCCUGCUCCCCACGGCUGGCCGGGAGCUACCUGAGGAGGAAUUGGUGUCAUUGCAGCUAAAGCGGGGAGGAGGUGUAGGAGGGGACCCAGGAGAGACCCUUCGUCCCUCCUGCCCACCUGAUUAUACCCUUGCCCUUCGUCGGGCCCCGGACGACAUGCCUCUCCUUGCCCCUGGUGCCCUGACCCUGCUGCCAAGUGGUCUGGGUCCACCCCCUCCCCCUCCCCCUCCUACCCUCCACCCUUUUGGGCCCUUCCCUCUGCCUCCCCCAACCACUGCCAGCCACAACAACACGCUACCCCAUCCCCAUUCUACCACCCGGGUAUAGGGGGCAGCAUUGGGGGAGGGAGUGCACCCCGCUUAGCUCUCCCCAAACCAGACAGGAAGGGAGACUCAACAAUGAUCAUGGAGUCUAGGGGUUGUGUUGAGAAGAAUUGUGGGUGCUGGGAUGCCCAUCCAAGCAUGUCAAAGCACCUUAUUAAGGUGGAGACAAGUUUUCACAUCAAGAUGUGCAUACUCUGCCCAUGGAGAUAUGUUUUCUUAUCUGGACAUCAGCCUUUAGACUUGUGGGAUGACUUUUCCUACUGGGACACAGGUCUUAUGGUGUGUGGAAGUGUGUUUUCACAUUUAAGGCCUGCUUUUUCACUUGGAGGUAUAUUUUCCUAUAAUGGGGCAUGUUUUCCCAUGUUCAGAGUGUGGACUUUUUUGGGCCACCCUGGACUCAUUUUGGCCCCCUAAAGGAAAUUCCUUCCAGGGUUUGGACCCCAGAAUCCUGACCUCUCACCCUCUAAAGGAGACCUUGGGAGUGGGCAGUUUUACACCUGUCAAUGUAAGGUUGGAAUGCCUACCUAUCAACCCAAGGGGUUGACGCCCGGGAAAGAUGGGUGAGGUGAUCACAGGGACACAUAGUGAAUCAUGUUUUUCCUAAUGGCAUCAGUCUGAUGAAGCAUGUUCUCCUGUGUAGGCAUGAGUCUUCCACAUAUAGGCACAGACUUACCAUUGGGUGGGAGGGAAAGGAGUGGAUCUGUGUGGACCCAUGCUGCUUGUGAGUGUCAGACAUGCGGUUUCCCAUAUGGACAUGUCAUAUGGGGAAAGUACGUUUCCUGUGUAGACAUGUUACUGCAUGUGGAUGUGUGUUUUUCCAUCUGGAUGCCCCUAUCUGCCCAGGACUCCCCUAAUCCCCAAUACCCAUCCCCUAUGAACUGGCUCUAUCCCAAAUUCCUCCCUGGACAUUGGAUAAGAAAAAAUUCAAGGCCAAAAGAAGCCAUGGGGAGUUAGCUGCAGACAACAUAAUAAAAUUGCCCUUUAUUUCGUA